GGCGGGAGCAGGGCGGGGCCUAGGCACUAGGCGGCGGCGGCUGGCUUGGGGCUCCUUAGAUGCGCCACGGCUUCAGUAGCGACCGCUGCUAUUGUCGGGUCUGAACCUCGCCAGCCCCUCCCCCAGGAGACUGUUGCGGUCGGCCACCCCCUGCUCCUUGGUAACCAUGUGUGACCGAAAGGCCGUGAUCAAAAAUGCCGAUAUGUCGGAGGAGAUGCAACAGGACUCGGUGGAGUGUGCUACUCAGGCAUUGGAGAAGUAUAAUAUAGAGAAGGACAUUGCGGCCCAUAUCAAGAAGGAGUUUGACAAGAAGUACAACCCUACCUGGCACUGCAUUGUUGGGAGGAACUUCGGUAGUUACGUGACACAUGAAACCAAACACUUCAUCUACUUCUACCUGGGCCAAGUGGCCAUUCUUCUGUUCAAAUCUGGUUAAAAGCAUGGACUGUGCCACACACCCAGUGAUCCAUCCAAAACCAAGGACUGCAGCCUAAAUUCCAAAUAUCAGAGACUGAAAUCUUCAGCCUUGCCUAAGGGAACACCUCAAUCUUUGAACCUUUAUUGUGUUGUUUUGUACAGGGAGGCCUUCUCUGUACUAAUUUGUUGUAGUUAUAAACCAAUUAGCAAAACAGCUUACAUUUGUAUUUAUUUUCUAUUGCAUACCUCUCUGCCCCAUGUUUUUCUCUUCAAAAUCCAUUCCUUUAAAGAAAAAAUAAAUCUGUUGGAGAAGUA